CUCAUCUAGAAGAAUUCCAUGAACACAUCAACGGCCUACAUCGACAAAUCAAAUUCACUGUUGAGCUUGAACACGAUGGAAGUAUCGCUUUCCUGGACACUUUGGUCAAACGCAAGAAUGGUUCCAUUUCAGUUUCAGUGUAUCGUAAACCAGCACACACUGACCAGUACCUUAACUUCGAAUCAAACCAUCAGAAAUCUUGCAAAGAAAGUGUCAUAUCUUCAUUACUGAAUCGUGCCAACAGUGUAGUCAGUGACAAACAGGAGAGGAAAAUAGAAAUUCGACGUGUAAGAAAUGCAUUAAUCACAAAUGGAUACAGUCAUAAAGUCAUCACGCAAGUAGAAAAUAAAAUGAAGAGAAGAUGCAACGGAGACAACAAGGAAACAUCAGAGGAAUUUAUCGCAUCAGCAUUCCUACCCUUCGUACCAGGUACCAGCGAGAUCCUUCGUCGAGUUUUAAGGCAACACAAGAUCAAAUGCAUUCUUACCUCUAAAGACACCCUAAGAAGCACUUUGUCUAAACCAAAAGACAAAAUAAACCUGGAAGAGCAAAACAAUGUUGUUUACGAAAUCCCGUGUAAAGAUUGUGAUGCAGUGUAUAUAGGCGAAACAAAAAGAAAGUUUAAGCAACGAGUACAAGAACAUAUGCGCGCAGUGAGAAACGGAGAUGUGAAGAAAAACGAAAUUGCGGACCACAGCUGGAGCAGAAGUCAUCAGUUUAAUUGGGAUGAGAAGAAAAUCAUUGACAGAGAAUCCAGAACAACGGCCAGGAAGAUUAAAGAAACCAUCAACAGUGUAGAACGUAACAAACACAUAAACAGCAUCUCGUAUCAACUUCCUGAGAUUUGGUUACCAGCCCUACAGAAGAAGUAGUUACCUACAUCCAGGUCCGAAAAUGUUAAUUACCGUAAUUAACUGUAAUUAUCAGCUCGUUUCUGAUUGGUUAAUUUUUAUGAAUUUCGAUCCUCUGCAAUUAUAUAAAUACAUGCGCAACAUCAUUUUACUUUGCCCGAUGAUGGGAGAAGGAUCUCCCGAAACGUCGCCUACUAAACUAUCAUUUUCAAGAAAUGAUAAACUUUCCACAGUAAUAUGAAUACUGAACAGACAAACCGAAAUAAUAUCUUCAAUAAUUGUCAAGUUAUAUUACACAGAUAAUAUACAGAGAUUGUCAUGUCCAGUAUACAGACGAAGACGAAGAUCCUACACAACCACUUGACUCCCGAUUUCUUGAUGAAGACGACCUUCCAG